GCGGCCGAGACGUGCCAAGGCUACUAUGACGUCAUGGGCCAGUACGACGCCGCCUUCAACUGCACCACGGGCGGCUACCGCUUCUGCUGCGGCACGUGCCACUACCGCUUCUGCUGCGAGCACCGGGCCAUGCGGCUGGAGCAGGGCCGCUGCACCAACGUGGAGACCCCCUUCUGGGCCCACACCCAGGCCAGCAGUACGGCCGGGCCCGGGGGCCGGGGGCCGGGGGGCUCCGAGGCCGCCCGCCAGCAGAGCAACAGUACCGUCUACGUGGUCUGCGGCGUCAUCAGCUUCACCCUGGCCGUGGGCCUGGGCAUCAAGGUGGCCUUCGGCAAGGCUUCCCGCCGGCCCCAGGGGCGGGAGAUCAACAUGCCCAGGGCUCUUGUGGACAUCCUCAGGCACCAGGCUGGGACCAGCUCACGCUCCGAGCGCAGCAAUAGCACCACCCUCAACUCAGCUUCCCAGGACAACGGCCCCACCCGGCCCCCGAAGAACCUUUACAACACCAUCAAGCCCUGCCAGAGCAACCACGACGCCAUGCACCACAACUACGUGCACCUCAACGUGAGCAGCCCGAAGCACCACGCCUCCACGCUGGACUGGCGAGUGCAUCACACCCCGACGUCGGGCCUGAAGUACAACUCGCUCACCUGCUCCCGCUCCUUCCACAACCUCUCGCACCUGCCCCCGUCCUACGAGUCGGCCGUCAAGUCGGAGCUCAGCCGCUACUCCUCGCUCAAGAGGCUGGCGGAGAAGGACAUGGACGAGCUGUACCUGAAGCGGCGGCACCUGGCCGAGCUGACACGGGGCACGUUGCCCCUGCACGCCAUGAAGAUGAACUACGAGCGCUACGGGGAGGCGGCCCAGCACCCGCGACGGGUGAUGUCCCAGGAGCACAUCCUUUCAGACGGCUACCGCCCCUCCCCCUACGACUGCGCCGGCCCCCGGGAGCGGGUCGUCUCCCACGAGCGGCUGCUCUCUCGCGAGGCCCUGCACUCCCAGGAGCCUCUGCUCUCGCCCGAGCGCCUACACCAGGGCACGGGGCCUUUCCAGGAGAUGCGGCUGGGCCACCAAAAGGCCCUGUCCCAGACCAACAUCUGCGCCGCCGGCACCCCGCUGCUCGAACGCCACCAGGGGCACAAGAUGAACUCCCACCCCUCCUCCGCCAACUCCUCCCAGGCCGCCUGGGAGGUGGGCAGCAACCACACGGCCAGCCGGCGCCAGGGCUUCGGCGCCCGCCGCCAGAGCACCAUCGAGCAGCUGCAGUUCAUCCCAGGGCACCACCCCAGCCAGCACCUCCGCACCGGGAGCAAGAACGAGGUCACCGUGUGAGGGCCCAGCUCAGGUGGACUCGACUUUCCAAGGCCAUAGCUCUCUUCCUCCUCCUCCUCUGCGUCUUCCCCCGUCCUUCCCGUCUUCUUUCUUGGACCGGGCAGCCUGCCGGGCUUCGAGGCCUUUGCCGGGCUUUGGUGGCAUCCGCCUUUGAUGACCUCAGCGCCACGGGCCCUGUCAACUUUUGAUGAUGUCAGGGUCACGUUGAACCCAUCCACACUGGAUGACGUCAGGCCCUGAGACCCUGUUGACGUUGGGUGACGUCGAGAUUGCCUUGUCUCCGUCCGUGUUAGAUGAUGUCCACAAUUGGUGACAUCACUGCUGCAGGCCCUCUUGACUUGUGAUGAUGUCAAGAUUGCCUUGGGCCCAUCCGUGUUGGGUGACCUCAGCGCCACGGGCCCUGUCAACUUUUGAUGAUGUCUGGGUCGCGUUGAACCCAUCCACGUUGGAUGACAUCAGCACCUUGGAGCCUGUCAACAUUGGGUGAUGUCAAGAUUGCCUUGUCUCCGUCCAUGUUAGAUGAUGUCAGUGCCCUGGGCUCUAUCGACUUUUGAUGAUGUCAAGAUUGUGUUGAGCCUCUCCAAGACUGAUGACAUCAGUGCUGGGGGCCUUCUCGACUUUUGAUGAUGUCAAGAUUGCCUGGGUCCCAUCCCCGUUGGGUGACAUCAGCACCAUGGGGCCUGUCAACAUUUGAUAUCAAAAUGGUGUUGGGCCAUCCCCGUUGGAUGACAUCAGCACCAUGGGCCUUGCUGACAUUUGAUGAUGGCAAGAUUGUGUUCGACCCAUCCACGUUGGGUGACAUCAGCGCCCCAGGGCUCUGUUGACAUUGGACGACGUCAUGAUUGCUUUGGACCCAUCCACGUUCAAUGAUGUCAAAUUGCAUUUGGCCCGUCCACCGACAUCAGCGCUGUGGGCCCUCUUGAUGGUUGAUGAUGUCAGGACAGUCAGGCCUGUCCAUAUGGGAUUACGUCAGUGCUAUGGUUGUGUCCUGUUGACUUUUGAUGAUGAUGUCAGCACUGGCCAUCUUUGAUGACAUCUGCACUGUGGCCCUUGUCUAUGUGUCAUGAUGUCAGUACCACCAAGCCUGUCAACCUGUGAUGAUGUAAACACUGUGGGUCAACCUUUGAUGAUGCCAAGAGGGCUCUCAACCUCUGCCAUCCAUACCGUAUCCAUCUCAUGACAUCAACACUGUGGACCUUGUCGGUGAUUGAUAACAUGAGUGCUGUGGGGCUCGUCGAUGUCUGAUGACAUCAUCGCCGUUUCAUGGUCUCAACACUGUGGACCUCGUCAACCGUGGAUGACGCCAGUGUCCUGGGCAUCAGCCUGUUGGUUUUGACAUCAGACCAGUGGCUCCGUCGCCGAUUGAUGAUGCCUGUUCACUGGGCGUUUUUACUGAUGGUGUCACAGUGGUUGGCCUGGUCAAUAGUUGAGGAGAUCAAGCACUGCCAGGCCUGGACAACCCUUGAUGAUGUCAGCACUGCGGACUUUGUCAGUGAUGGAUGAUGUCAAGAUCAUCGGGGUCUGUUGAUGUUUAAGGUCGGCCAUGUUGAUAUUCGGUGAUGUCAGCUCUGUGGACCUGGUUCCUUUUUUUUGAUGACAUCAGCACUGUGGGCCUUGUCUAUCUUUUGAUGAUGUCACUGCUGUGGGCCCAGUCCACUUGUUGAUGAUGUCACUGCUGUGGACCCAGUCCCCUUUUUUAUGACAUCACGACUGUGGACCUGGCCCGCUUUUUGAUGCUAUUGCCGCCAGAGGCGCGGCCCCCCUUUUGAGACUCAGCCCGCCCUCUGAUGUCACGCCUGCCGGCCCCGUCCGUUCGAUGAGGACGCCACGGUGCCUUCCGAUGACAUCACUGCUCUCCUCCAGCAGGCCGAAUGCCCCCCGGUGCCGGGGUGGGAGCGAGUGGCGGCCCUGGCGCAUGGCUCCCUCACUCCAGAUCUCACAGCCGGGACUGGGAGCUCUUCACGUGGGCCGUGGUAUGGCCGAACCUCCACUUCCAUCCCAUCCCACCGCUGCCCCCCAUGUACAUAUCUUUAUAUAGUGCUCUCUGGUUUCUCUCUUCCAGUGCUUCGGCUCUUUGGAUUUCCAGCCCACUCCACUGCCAUGGGAUGGGGGAGCGCCAGCCCCACCCCUCCAGCACACGUGAAUGUAGUUUGAACAGCCUCAGCUCUUUUGAACCCCACCCCUCUCUCCCCAAGAUUGUGGGUCACCCCCACGCUGCGGGGGACUGGGUCUUCGUAUCAUGCCUUUUUCUUUAUUUCUCUUCCGUUUCUUCGCGGGCCGCUUGCUAGGCCCUGGGAUCUUCGAUCUCAUCACCCAGUAGAGUUCUGACGGGUCUCAGCCUCAAACCUUUUCAUCCCUUCGUCCUGCUCUGCGCUCAGAUCCCUCCCGUCCGAUGCCAAAACACGCUCCUCUUCUGCACUGCGGUGUGCCUAUGGGGCAUGGCCGGCUGCUACUCAUACAGAGGUGCUGAGAUGGGGUCCUGCCGCGCUGGGCGCUGCGCAGAUAUCGUCACCGAGAGCGGAGCCCCGUCAGGCCAGACAAAGAGUCACUGAGAUUGGAGCCCCGUUGGGCCAGGCGCUGCUCAGACACAGAGUCACUGAGAUCAGGGCCCCGUCGUGCCGGGCACUGCCCAGAUACACACUAUCUGUGUCUUCCCCACAGAGUUCUCCAUCUAAACGUAUCAAAAGCAGGUGGAACCCAGGCUAACCCACAGGGCCCCCUCUCCCCUUCAUGGCUGUACCACAGAUAGUGGUUUAUAGGCCGCGUACCCCCGUAGCUCUUUAGCCCAGGCGCUACACAAUCUCAUUCUUCCCCAAGGCAUUAGGAACUCCCGAGGGCCUUGGCAUGGCUUCUGGUGCAGAACGUCUGGCCUCAAAUAAAACCCCUCUCUUCACAUUGGCUCCUGACAUCAGGGGACUCUCUGCAACCCUGGGAGGCAGUAGCUUAAAAACCAAUACAAGGAGCGGCUUUGCUGCUAUAUGGUUAGCCUGCGGAACUCCCCACCACUGGAUGUCUCUGUGGCACCUUCAAAGGAUCAGCUUCUCUAGGGGUGACUGUGACUCACGGCAAUUCAACCGGGCCCUCUGUCGCAAAUCUCUUCAGCUGGGGUUGUAAAUCAAGAGCUGAAAUCAUUUAAAGCCAACCCCCUGGGUGGGUUAUGCCGUAUUUGGGAUGUCUUGUCCCUUCCCCUGAAGCAAGUCUGUAGAGACCUCUGGUGGAGACGGGAUACCAGGCUAGACGGGCCUGCCCAUUGGUCAGUUCUUAGACUCCUGUGAUUUGGGGGUGGGGGUGCUUCAGUGUUUGGGGUGCCUGUCUCGAGCGCCUGAUUGUGAGAGAGGCGGGCGCUCAGUGCUGCCAGGUAAUUGGGAAUGCCUUGAUGGCAUCCGGAAAUCACAGGAACAGAGGAAAUUGUCUGGAGCCGAUUAAUGGGCCCAUCUGGCCCAUCCUGUCUCUGACUGUAACCAGUACCGGAUGCUUCAGGGGAAGGUGGUUAAA